GUGUCUGCGGAGCGUUUCACUGACGGCUCCGAUAAGACAGCCCUGCCCAUGAAACACACUUCUAUCACAAUAUAACAGCAUGUCUGGCCGAGGGUUUCGCGAGAGCUGAAGUCCAUACAUACUGAACAUACACACUACGUAGGAGCUGACCAUUAACUGAGAGAACAUGUGGCUGCCUAUGCUGGGAAUGACGGCCCUGCCGCAUCUGGGAGGUUUCUAUGGCGGUUAUGUAACACGCAAAGAGGUGAAGACCUGGUACACUACCCUGGAGAAACCAUCAUGGAGGCCACCAAACGCAGCAUUCCCAGUCGUGUGGACCUGUCUGUAUACAGGCAUGGGAUACGGCUCCUACCUGGUGUGGAAAGAGCUUGGAGGUUUCACUCAGGAUGCAGUGGUGCCACUGGGACUGUAUGGGCUGCAGCUCGCCCUGAACUGGGCCUGGACUCCUAUUUUCUUUGGUGCACACAAGCUGAAAUUGGCACUUAUUGAGAUCGUUGUUCUCACUGGGACUGUUGGAGCCACCAUGUUGUCGUGGUAUUCCAUCAACCGCACAGCAUCUCUGCUGCUGGCACCCUACCUGUCCUGGCUGUGCCUUGCCACCAGCCUUAACUACUGCAUAUGGAGAGACAACCCAGAGAAAAAAGAGGAGUAGUGUGUGCUGUGAACAAACUACUGACAGAUUGUGGUUCAUUGAGGACAAAUCUGAUUCAACGAUUUUGGUUAUCAGACUAUAUUUAUGAAUCAUUAUGAAUCUGAAUGUGUUAAAAUUACUCUUGUGUCUAUGAAGUUCAAGCUUAGCAUCACAGUCUUAUUUUGGUUUUAGAGCUUCGAUUGUGAGGUUGAUAUUACUAUGCUGACUAUUCAAAUACCAAUCAAUAACUGGGAAUACUUUGUUGGCUAUAAAAAUGAAAUACAACUUGGGGUAAUUUAGAAAUUGUGUUUUCAUAAUUUGUCCAUCAACCUUUUUUACAGUCCUCUGCAGCACCUGAGUUGGCGGUAUAUUACACCUGGGCAGGUGUCAUUACUCCAUCUGAGUUAAAUGCUUGACUGUACAACAACUUGCCUCUGGUACAUGUUUGUGAUAGCCCUGUUAACAGAAUACAUCCUUGCCAAAAAAAGAGUGCAUUCACUUAAAACUCUUAAAAAUAUUAUCCAGUAUAGUAAAAAUGCAAUAUUGAUUUAAAACUGCUCCUAUUUGCUUUUUUAUUGAAGAAUGUGUUUUGUUAUAUACUUUUAUGGCUCUAUUAAAAUAAAGAUUUCUAUUCAAGUUACAAUUUUAAGGGUUAUCUUUAACACAGCAUGGCAUUUUUCAUAGUAUAGGUCUGACAUAAAGAGAUCAUUUUAUCACUUGGUGAACAAAUAUGAAAGCUGUUGCAUGAAAUAUUUUAGUACUGUUUACAGUCUCAUCUUCCUGGAAAAAUCUGCACAAUCCACUAAAUGUAUAAUAACAGAAAAUGUUAAAACAUGUAUCCGGAUCACACUACAUACUGACAGAAAACUAUAGGAUUCUGAUUCUUUUCAUUAGAGGAAAUUCUGUAUUUGAGAUAAUUAUUGAAGAAUACACUAUUA